CACAAAAGCAAAGCGCGCACUGGCCGCGCACGUCUCUCCUCCGGCCGUCCCCCAUAUAACGGCGCUGCCCGGCACACAGCAGAUACGAAACACAUGACCACACGCAUAGCUGAGGAAGCCAGGCACGUAGUAGAUCCCAGACCGUACGUCCAAAUUAAGCUCCCAUGGACGAGGGCAAAUAUCAGCAGGGCUGGCUCGCCGUCGGCCUGCCGCCGGCGCCGGUGCUCGCCGUCACCGGCAUCGUGACCUUCUUCCUCUACCUGUCGUGGCAGAUGGAUGAGUUCGAGGAGCAGCUGCGCCAUCGCACCCAGGCAGGCUUCUGGGUGCUCAUUGUGCUGGGGCUCCUCGCCCUGGGCGUGCUCGCGCAGCAUGUGCUGUUCGACGGAGAGGGGAGGGUCGCCGUGCCGGCGGCAUGGCGCGGCCAGCCCGAGGGCGGCUCCGGCACGUCGCCGUGGGGCGUCGCGGCCCUGGUGGCUCUGCUGCUGGUGCUAGUGUCUCACAGUCUGGGUGAAAGCGAAGGAUGAGCCAAAUAAGACGAGACAAUUCCCAUAUGGGAUCUAUUAUUGGGGAUCUAUGGGGCAUCUUUUUGGGGUUGUACAUCGGCUGGAGGGACAAGUAUUUGGCUUGAUGCCGGAUGCAAAUCUUCAUAUAUUCGCCGUGCGGUGAUCAAGAUAGAGUGUUGUGCCAUGCACAGUAUUGACGAUGACGAGUCUUGGCGGCAAGGUGCAGCAGGAUCUCGAUGCUGGAUACCGUUCAAUGGGCGCGUGCAGAAGGCAUGUUCUGUUUGGCAUAGUGACGGCGUCAACGACAGAAGGGUCUAACAAGACCAGUGCAUUGAUUGAUCCUAAAGAUGGGACUGUGGAAGAAGGUGGCGACGAAUUCUACAGCAUGCGCAUGUGGUGCACAUUGAAGGUCUGCUAGACCGGUUGGUGCUCCCGGCUUGCUGGCGGGCGGCUUGGUGAGGCCACCGAAUUUUUUGGUGUGCGUGACGCACUGUUAAGGCACAUCAUCAAUCUUGUAGGUAGGGCGACAAUUUUGCGAGGAAGGUGAUUUUGGAUUGAUCUAUGUAUUUAUUUUGUAAGACCUUAUUGAAUAAUGCAAUAAAGAUGGUUGUGUGUAUC